AUGCAUAGAAUCAUAUGUUUUAUCUUAUUGAUUUGUCUGUCCAUACAGUUACACGCAAAUCCUGUUCAAAAAAGCGAGACUGAACUGUACGAAGAAGCAAUUAAGCUUUUUAAUAAAGAAAAAUAUAAACAAGCUAUUAGAGUUCUGCAAAAGGUUGAAGACUUAUUCCCCCUUUCUUACUGGGCAAUGCAAGCAAAAUUGUUAUCUGGCAUAUCUAGCUACAACAUUGGUGAUUACAGUAGUGCUGCAAACAGCAUGGAUGAAUAUAUAUAUAUUUAUUCUAACAGUCCUGACCUAGCAUAUACAUAUUACUUGAGAAUAUUAUCCUACUAUAUGCAAAUUGAUAAGGUACAGCUUAGUCAGCAAACUGCUUACAAAACUCUGGAACUAGCUGUAGAAUAUACUAAUCUCUUUCCGCGAAGUGAAUAUGUAGAUGAUGUAAAAGAAAAAAUAAAACUAGUUACAAAACAUAUAACAGAAAAAGAGUAUGCCAUAGGAAGAUUCUAUCUUAGACGUGGAGAAUAUCUGGCAGCAAUAAAGCGUUUUCGCAAUGUAAUAAAUAGUAAAAAUUCUAGUUAUUUAUCUCAAUCUCUUAACUAUUUAGUAACGACUCACUCAGCUCUUGGCCUUAAAUCAGAAGCUGAACAGUAUGCAAAUAUGUUGACUGACGUCAAAUCUCAGUUGGACUACCCGUCGGACCCAUAA